AUGUAUUACAAAGGAAUGUACCACCUGUUCUACCAGUACAACCCCAAGGGGGCCGUGUGGGGGAACAUCGUGUGGGCCCACUCGGUCUCCGAGGACCUGGUCAACUGGAAAAAGGUCCCGCACGCAAUCUACCCGUCCAAGCCUUUCGACAAAUACGGGUGCUGGUCCGGGUCGGCGACGAUCCUACCCGGAAACCGGCCCAUCAUCCUCUACACGGGCAUCGUCGACGAAAACAACACCCAAGUCCAAAACUACGCAGUCCCAGCAAACCUAUCCGACCCGUACCUUCGCGAGUGGGUCAAGCCUGAUAACAACCCGCUCAUAGUCGCAGACCCGUUCACCAACUCGACCUCUUUCCGGGACCCGACAACAGCCUGGCUUGGGCCCGACGGGAAGUGGAGAAUCGCGAUUGGCAGCAGGAGGAAGCACAGAGGCCUUGCGGUUUUGUACAGGAGUCGGGACUUUAUGACGUGGAGAAAGGCCAAGCACCCGUUGCAUUCGACAGGUGGCACGGGGAAUUGGGAGUGUCCCGAUUUUUUCCCUGUCUCGCCAUCUGGUGGGCUCGAUGCUUCUUCGGUUUUGGGCUCCAAAGUGAAGCAUGCGUUUAAAGUGAGCUUGGACGAGACUAGAUAUGAGUACUACACUAUAGGUACCUAUAAUGUUGACAAGGAUAGGUAUGUUCCGGACGAGGGCAUGGUGGACGGGUGGAACGGGUUGAGAUUCGAUUAUGGGAACUUUUAUGCUUCCAAGUCGUUUUUCGACCCGAGAAAGAAUAGAAGGAUUUUGUGGGGUUGGGCGAAUGAGUCCGAUUCUACCGACAAUGACGUCAACAAAGGAUGGGCUGGUAUUCAGCUUAUACCACGUACGAUUGUGCUCGACCCAAAUGGCGACCAACUGUUGCAGUGGCCCGUAGAGGAAGUUGAAACACUGAGAAGGAACAAGGUUCGAUUGAGCAACCGCAGGCUCGAAAAGGGCGAAAACUUGGAAAUCAAAGGAAUUACAGCUGCACAAGCUGACGUGGACGUCACCUUCUCGUUCGAUAGCUUGGACAAGGCUGAGCCGUUUGAUCCAAAGUGGGAUAGAUAUGAUGGGCAAAAGCUGUGUAGCCAAAAGGGCUCGACCGUGCGAGGUGGAUUGGGCCCGUUUGGGCUGCUCACGUUAGCCUCAAGAAACCUGGAGGAAUAUACCCCUGUUUUCUUCAGAGUAUUCAAGGAUCAACACAAGAAGCAUGUUGUUCUUUUGUGCUCGGAUGCGUCAAGGCGUGUUCUCGUCUCGUCGACUCUAAUGGAUGGCAAGACGUACAUGAAGGAUGGUAAACCGGCAUACCGGCCCUCAUUUGCAGGGUUUGUCAAUGUUGACUUGAAAGACAAGAAGCUUUCUCUCAGGAGCUUGAUUGAUCAUUCUGUUGUGGAGAGUUUCGGUGCCGGGGGCAAAACGGUCAUUACGUCCAGAGUAUAUCCGGUUCUCGCGUUAUAUGCGAAUGCACAUUUGUACGCGUUCAAUAAUGGGACCGAGGCUGUGAAGAUCGAGCGAUUGAGUGCCUGGUCGAUGAGCAAGCCUCUGCAGAUGAACCAUUGA